GGCGGGGCCUGGUUGCUGGGAGACGGUUGGGAGGGUGCGAGGAGACGGAGAUCGGGACCCGGAGAACGGAAGAAGCGGAGCGGCCGAUUUUGCCGAGGAGGUUAUUGGAAGACAGGACGAGUGAUGACCAAUGCCUCGAAUCAAUAAGACUAUCAUAUUGAUCCUCCUGACUGUAAUAAGUUCCAUAUUUCUGUUGUUUCAGCUGUAUUAUUAUAAAGAAUACUUUUCAUCAAAGAAUGGGGCAGACAUUUCUGGUUUCAAAGGAAGUUAUUCCAUGGAAGACAGUGUGCACUGGAAAGUGGUCAAAAAGUUUCUUGGCUUGGUAUCGGUCCACAACAUUCCUUUAUAUCUCAUUGAUCCUUUGGUUUUGGGACGGAUGAAUGAGAAUAUUCACCAUGAGGAAAGUACAGGCAGUGGGCUGACCUGCAAGUACCUGUGUGUACCCAGGGACUUCACCACAUUUGCACUAUUGGACAAAUUUUGGAAAAAUGAAGUGUUCCUGAAGAAAGAAGCUGAAGAGGAGGGUUUUCAGUGGAUGGAGCUGAGUGGUAAAGACCCAAGGCUGGCUGGAAUGGAUGGUCUUUCUGGUACAGAAAUUCCAUUGCACUACAUCUUUAAGCUACAGAAUCACGCUAUCCACUUGGUGGUAUUUUAUGAAAGGAGCGGCAACUUCCUAUGGCACGGGCAGCUGCGGCUCAAGCAAAAUGCGGACAAAAAAUUUGUGCACUUCCGAAAGCUGCAAUUUGGGCGUUACCCUGGAGCCUUCAACAAAUCUGAGCUGCAUCUGGCUUCAAUUGAUGGACUAGAAAUCCAUGUUCCUAAGGAAAUAGCCAAUUUUCUAGAAGAGGUUUCUCAUUCCAGGUUUGUUGAAUGCAGAUACAAGGAAGCAAGAAUGUUUUAUCAGGUGUACCCUGAAGACACAUCCCAAGGUGCUAUGGAAUUUAAGAAAAAGGCAAAGGAUUUGCUUCAUCGGGCUGCAAAGAUAUUGAAUCGACAGGACGUGCCAUUCUGGCUCAGCAGUGGAACGUGUCUAGGGUGGUUCAGACAAUGUAAUAUCAUCCCAUACAGUAAAGAUGUGGAUUUGGGAAUAUUGAUAAAGGAUUAUAAGGCUGACAUUAUCACAGCGUUCCAGAGGGCUGGACUUCCAUUGAAACAUAAGUUUGGUAAAGAGGAGGACAGUCUAGAGCUUUCCUUUCAGGCAGCGGAUGUGAAACUGGAUAUCUUCUUCUUCUAUGAAGAGGAUGAUUACAUGUGGAAUGGAGGAACCCAGGCCAAAACUGGCAAAAAAUUCAAAUACAUAUUUCCUAAAUUUACCCUGUGCUGGACUGAAUUUCUGGAACUGAAAGUACGCGUCCCCUGCAAAACACUCCCGUAUGUGGAAGCAAACUAUGGCAAGAACUGGGAAAUCCCUGUAACCAGUUGGGAUUGGAAAAGUUCACCAGCAAAUGUGCAAGAAAAUGGCAUUUGGCCUAUUGGAGACUGGGAUGAAGUCAUCCAGAUACACUGAGCAUGGCUGAAACAAAAUUGGGGGUGGGGUUGGGUAUGGGAUAAAGGAGGAGCAUUGAUGCAACAAAUGAACCAGAACUACAUGGAAAAGGGCGACUUUAAUGUUUGAUUCUCUCCACUGAGAGGAUUACUAAUCACAGCACCUGGAGCUGAUCAGGUGAAGGCUGUCCAUUGGCAUUAAUAGUGGUAAAGGUUUCCCUCCGAAUAAAGUAAGCCUCUUAUGACAUAGAAAGGCAGUUUGCAGACUGAAUUUCCCGAAACAGACCAGACAUUUAGAAACUACAUUAAUCAAGCCUUAAAUUUCAUGUUUAGAAUAACAUUCUGCCAGUGAAAGUUGUGGAUUGGAACUAUUUUGUAAAUGUUGUGCUACUGAAUGCUUUUUUACUUCAGAUUAAAAUGUUAACUUAU